AUGGCUCAAAGAAACAAUGCAAAUGAGGAUGAUACUAGAAGCAUCAGAGACAUAAACAAUACUGCUGCCCAUUGUACUCCUAAAGGUUUCUACGCCAAUGCUGCAAAUUUUGAAAUCAAGGGAUCAUUGAUUAGUGCUCUUCCAAGGUUUUAUGGCCUGGCUGGGAAUGAUGCUUAUCAGCAUUUGGAUACUUUAUAUUCAGUGUGUUCAGCCAUGAAACCUCCUGAAGCUAAGCUGGAAGAUAUGCUAAUGAAGGUUUUUCAUUUCUCACUAGAGGGAGGAGCUAAGGAAUGGCUUCAUACCCUACCUCAACAUUAUGCUACACUCACAUGGGAACAAUUGCAGAAAACCUUCUUAGACAAAUAUUUUCCAGCCUCACGUAUCUCAAAGCUAAGAAAGGCCAUUUAUGGGAUUUCACAAAGAGACCAAGAAUCCUUAUAUGACUAUUGGACAAGGUAUUUGACUCUUAUUAAUCGCUGUCCAAAUCAUCAGUGUAGUAAGUCAAACCUUGUGCAAUAUUUCUAUGAAGGCUUACUGCCCUCUUAUAAGAUGAGUAUAGAUGCUGCUGCAAAUGGCUCUAUUUUUGCUCUUACACCUAAUAAGGCCUGGGAAUUAUUGGAGACUAUGGCUAACAGCAAUCAACAAUUUUACACAAGAGAUGUUGUAGGUGUUAGUGAAGUUACUACAGAUAACUCUCAAGAUAUGUUGGUUCAGCUGUUGUCAAAAAUGGAUAAAAGGCUAGAAAGGCUGGAAAAUGAAAGGCAACCGAAGGCUUGUAAUGCUGUGAAUACUUCCCAAGCUCUAGUGGGACCUUCUUGUAUUCACUGUGCAUCACCUAUGCAUACUAGUGAGACCUGUCCUGCACACUAUGAAGACCUAGCAGCCAUGUAUCCAAAUAGACCAAAUCAGUUUCAACAAAGAAAUCCCUUUUCCAAUACAUACAAUGAAGGAUGGAGAGAUCAUCCAAAUUUGAGAUGGAGAGAAGGAGGGGAAAGGGCAUCUCAAGGGCUGAAUAGGUUUCAAGAGAGUAGAAAUUCUGCAGAAAAUCAAAGGGCUGUGGUACCUCUACAAGGAGCUUCGUCAUCAAAGAAUGAUGAGAAUUUGACCAAGAUAUUGUCAACUAUGGAAGAAUUGGGGUCUAAAUUGGAUUGUACAAAUGCAGUGACUAAUACACUCAAUGAAGUUCAAGCAAAAAUUGGAGGUGUACUGCCAUCUAAUACUGUAAUCAAUCCAAAGUCCUUAAAUGCUAUAACAUUGAGAAGUGGAAAGCAAGUGAAAUUUGCCACUGAUGACAAGGAGGAUUAUAAUUCUCAAAUGCUGCCCACUUUGAUGAAGGAGAGAGUGAUUGUGAAGAAGGUGUAUGAAAGAGAAUAG